AACUUUGUUUUUCCAGAAAGAAGACUGCCUUUCGUGUAGAAGGAGAGGUUGAGAGGGUGAUCUAGCUUGUAGAUUGGCUGAAGGCACCAGUGGUUCGAAAUGUCACCCAGAUGUGUGUUUUUAUGACGAUUUGAUUUCUCUGAUUUUAUUUUUACUUUUUUAUUUUAAAAAUACAAAGUGAUUUUUUGGGGCAUGCUGAAAGGUAACUGAAGACUGCAAAGGGCAAACUAUUGUCAUGGCUGAAGGAGAGAAUGAAGUAAGAUGGGAUGGACUGUGCAGUAGAGAUUCAACUACUAGAGAGACAGCACUGGAAAACAUUAGGCAAACCAUUUUGAGAAAAACCGAGUAUCUUCGUUCGUUGAAAGAAACACCUCAUCGUCCAUCAGAUAGGAUUUCAAAUUCUGAGUCUUCGGAUGGGUUGAAUAAGCUGCUUGCUCAUCUGCUUAUGCUUUCUAAGAGGUGUCCCUUUAAAGAUGUCAGAGAGAAAAGUGAAUUUAUUCUGAAGAGCAUCCAGGAACUUGGCAUUAGAAUUCCUCGACCACUAGGACAGGGACCAAGCAGAUUCAUCCCAGAAAAGGAGAUCCUCCAAGUGGGGAGUGAAGACGCACAGAUGCACGCUUUAUUUGCAGAUUCUUUUGCUGCUUUGGGCCGUUUGGAUAACAUUACGUUAGUGAUGGUUUUCCACCCACAAUAUUUAGAAAGUUUUUUAAAAACUCAACACUAUCUACUGCAAAUGGAUGGGCCGUUACCCCUACAUUAUCGGCACUACAUUGGGAUAAUGGCUGCAGCAAGACAUCAGUGCUCCUACUUAGUGAACCUACAUGUAAAUGAUUUCCUUCAUGUUGGUGGAGACCCCAAGUGGCUCAAUGGUUUAGAGAAUGCUCCUCAAAAACUACAGAAUUUAGGAGAACUCAACAAAGUGUUAGCCCAUAGACCUUGGCUUAUUACCAAAGAACACAUUGAGGGACUUUUAAAAGCUGAAGAGCACAGCUGGUCCCUUGCGGAAUUGGUACAUGCGGUAGUUUUACUCACACACUAUCAUUCUCUUGCCUCGUUCACAUUUGGCUGUGGAAUCAGUCCAGAAAUUCAUUGUGAUGGUGGCCACACGUUCAGACCUCCUUCUGUUAGCAACUACUGCAUCUGUGACAUUACAAAUGGCAAUCACAGUGUGGAUGAGAUGCAGGUCAACUCAGCAGAAAAUGUUUCUGUAAGUGAUUCUUUCUUUGAGGUUGAAGCCCUCAUGGAAAAGAUGAGGCAGUUACAGGAAUGUCGAGAUGAAGAAGAGGCAAGUCAGGAAGAGAUGGCUUCACGGUUUGAAAUAGAAAAAAGAGAGAGUAUGUUUGUCUUCUCUUCAGAUGAUGAAGAAUUUACACCAGCAAGAGAUGUAUCUCGUCAUUUUGAGGAUACUAGCUAUGGCUAUAAAGAUUUCUCUAGACAUGGGAUGCAUGUUCCAACAUUUCGUGUCCAGGACUAUUGCUGGGAAGAUCAUGGUUAUUCUUUGGUAAAUCGUCUUUAUCCAGAUGUGGGACAGUUGAUUGAUGAAAAAUUUCACAUUGCUUACAAUCUUACUUAUAAUACAAUGGCAAUGCACAAAGAUGUUGAUACCUCAAUGCUUAGACGGGCAAUUUGGAACUAUAUUCACUGCAUGUUUGGAAUAAGAUAUGAUGAUUAUGACUAUGGUGAAAUUAACCAGCUAUUGGAUCGUAGCUUUAAAGUUUAUAUCAAAACUGUUGUUUGCACUCCUGAAAAGGUUACCAAAAGAAUGUAUGAUAGCUUCUGGAGGCAGUUCAAGCACUCUGAGAAGGUUCAUGUUAAUCUGCUUCUUAUAGAAGCUAGGAUGCAAGCAGAACUCCUUUAUGCUCUGAGAGCCAUUACCCGCUAUAUGACCUGAUGCCUUUCCUUCAUUAAAGAUGAUUCUGGAAUGAUCAGCAGAUAAUAGUCUACAAGGGGAAGGUACCAAGCCCCAGGACCAAUGGUAGACAAAAUAAUUCAGAAAUCCAUUGUGCCAUGAUUCCUUUAGUUUCUGCUAUUUUACUGUGGAAAACCACUGCUGGUACAAGCAGUGAUCGUUUGGCAGCUUCAAGUUUAGAUCUGUGAAGAAAGGCUGCCAUUCACAGUAUUUUGCUUUUUGACAGUAGAAGAUGCUGUGUAACUGUUUUAAUACAGCAAAUAGUAAUUCUCCAAAUCAUGUUGCUUUUAUGUUAAAUAAGAUAACAAGAAUUGGAGCAUGCAAAGAAUGGGACUUGGAUAAUGACUUAAGCUUUAUACAUAAAGAAUUUUAGAAGAUCUUGGUGCUGCUAUUCCUGCUGGAGGAAUGAAUAGAUUGACUGUUAAGCUAUUAGUAAUAAAAGUGAACAUUGCUACUAUCUGAGCCUACAUACAUAACUUGUGUGAUUUCAGAUUAAACUUGCAUUAUGUGUUAAUUUUUUUGCAUCGAAAAAAGCAUAGAGUUCCUACUCACACAGCUCAGCAACAACCAUUUUGAUGGUAACAGUUCAUUUCUUUCAUUCAUUUUUUAAAUUCAGGAUUCUGGAUGAUAUUAUGGCAUCCUUCAAGAUUUUCUUCAAAAAGCAAUCCUAAACGAAAGUGUAUAAAUUAUAAGAAACUGGCUAUAUUUUGAUAUGUGGUUUCACAAGAUACUGACACUGGAGGGCAGCUGUCUUGUGCAGGAUUUUUGUGCACUGAAGUUAUGGGACAUGUUGCUGUAGACUGCUGUGCAGUCCUGGGUGCAUUCUGUGUCUCUGCUUCUGCCUGCCUCCUGGUCCCCACUGUAAAAGGUUGUGCAGCUCCUUAAAUAAUAAAGCUGGAAAAUAUUUUUAGCCAGGUUAUAAAAUUUGAUUUACAAAAAUACUAACUUUGUUUGAAAUCCAAACAGGUUUGAAAAUAUGUAUUAAGUACUUUGUAUUCUGGAAGCGUGAAUUGCUUUUGAAGUCUGUCAGUAUUAUUGGUAUUUUUCAAUAAAGAAUAAUUUUUCUCCAA